AGCCAAGCGUUGCUCGGUGCUCCACUUGACCUUUCCGCAAUACAACGACCUCUCACCACCGUGGACGAUGUCGAAGCAAUAUCAGUUCAAACUUGUCCUCCUAGGAGAGUCUGCCGUAGGAAAGUCCAGCUUGGUACUUAGAUUUGUUAAAGAUCAGUUUGAUGACUAUCGGGAGAGUACCAUCGGAGCGGCUUUCCUGACCCAAACGGUGACGCUCGACGACCAAAGCACAGUGAAAUUUGAGAUAUGGGAUACUGCCGGUCAGGAACGGUAUAAGUCACAGGCGCCUAUGUAUUACCGGAACGCCAACUGUGCUGUGGUAGUCUAUGACAUAACCCAGUCCGCUUCACUCGAGAAGGCUCGUACUUGGAUUCGCGAACUUCAACGCCAAGCCGAUCCUUCAAUAGUGAUCGCACUUUGUGGGAACAAGACAGACUUGUCAGCUCGUCGCCAGGUAACGCAAGAGGAAGCAAAGAAAUACGCCGAGGAAGAAGGCCUCAUGUGGGGCGAGACUAGUGCGAAAUCCGGCGAGGGUGUCGCAGACAUCUUCACUGCCAUUGCUAAGAAGUUGCCACUCACAGCAGCCCCACCAGCAUCAAGGGGAGGCGGUGCUCGCGGAGGUGGACCGGCACCUAGAUCAGGAGUCGAUCUGAACAGGCAGGCCGGUGGACAGAGUGGACAUAACGAAGCCUGCAACUGUUAGUGGCCAUCUGUCUGGCAUGUUGCACGGUUAUCUCCCCAAUCCCCCGUCCCUCUUUCGCAUUUGCCCCCCACGCUUACACCCGGUUAACUCCUUUUACCUCACCACCAUUUAGUAGUCAGUCUUUGCGUUCUUCAGUCUUGUAAUCAUAAGUAUUUUUUGCGAUAUAUGCUGGACUUCUCUCAGGGUAUACAGUAUAUACUCAACUCGUUUCAUAUUCCCUCACCGUCCUCGAGUCUUACUUCUAUGGAGUGAAAAGACCCGAAACCAUCCCUGAAUAAUAUGCAUAUAUAUGCGUCAAACCCGUUGUAUAUUUCACCUAGCAUAUAUGAGAUAAAAUAGAUGAUGCUCUGACCACAGCAGAGCCACGAAGAAAAAAUGCGCCAAGAAUACCCAGUCGAUACAAUAAUGAUAGAGAUAAAAGUGUAUGAUAUAUGAUAACAGUCCCAAGACAACCAUGAGAAGCCUAUCCAUUUCAAAAUCCAGCCGCCUCCAGACCCUUCCUGAUAUCCGCAUGAGCCAGCUCCGACUGCUGAAUUUCCUGACUCUUCGACCAGAACCAGUCUUGGCCAGCCGUACCAGACGAAUACAACACCCCCUCGAUAAAACUCCGUGCAGACGGAUCGACGACGAACUGGUAAGGCUUUGACUUUACCGUCUCAUGCCAUCUCUGCCGCUUCGUGAACGAAAUGAAGGCCACGUCGCCUUGGGAAGCCGAGAGUGGGAUCGUGUCGUUGUAUUGGCCUUGGAUCUGGAUGACGUCCGUGAGGAACGUCCGAACAUAGGGUAUACAAGGUCCUUCUGUGGAUGUCAGAAGACAUUUAUAGCCUGAGGACCCAUUCAAUGGGUCGCACACUUUCACCAACGCAUCAUACUGUGAUUUCCGACUGCAGUGCGACCAGGUCAGAUGUAACCGUGCGAUAACGACGCUUGACAGGCCUGCCAUCACAGCACUCAUCGAAUGAAAAUUGUGGACGUUCCGACAUUU